GUGGAGCUGCUCCGGCCGAACUGCGAGCAAACCAGCAGACAAAAGCAACAAAGUGAACCCCCCUCCGGAUCAAUCAAAUGUGUCAGAUUUAACUGUUUAGGAGCCGAAACCGAGCCAUCAGGCUGUAAUACCCCACAAUCACGUGCAAAGAAGUGAAACUGCUUCAGCUAUAAAUGGAGAGGGACAAGCAGUCGCUCUGUGUCGGCAACAGCAUCACAAACAUCACAACGCCUGCUUGAGAUCUGCUGUAUCGAUGACUACACCUGACAAAAGUGAUCACGCUUGACAACGCAGACCUGACUAUUCUACAGAAACCUUUGGGCUGCUGCAAUGGAUGGAGAAGAGGAAAUUCCCCACAUGAUGGAGGAUAUCAUCGGUGGAGCUGAAAGCUCCAUGGAAAGUAAAAGAAGAGAGGCAAAAGGGACCUGCCUUAAAAUCGAGGGGCAGGAGGGUUACGUGUUCAAGUCCUACAGCAUUAAUCCUCAUGACACUGCAGAUGCAAAAUCGCCUGGCUGUUCUUCACUAACACUGGAUAAAGACUUCCCAGCUUGUUUCCACUUAUCUUCUCAGGGUGACACAGAGUUGGAAACUGACGGAGCAAGUAAGACUGAUCCAGCCUCUCCUGCUCUUUCGGACAGAUGCCUCAACACGGAUGUAGAGACAAACGCGGAGAGUUUGAGGUAUGAAAAUGGCAGUGAACUUAAUGAGCAUAUGGAAGAGGACACUGGGGAUGCCAAUGGAAUGGAGGAGGAAACACAGGAUGAUGAAAGGCUAGCGUUUGGUAGCUCAAUUGGCCCUUUUGUGAUGAGAGAUGGUGAUGACUAUAGUAAUUUACUAAGUGGAUACACAAGCACCCUUUAUGAUGUUGCCAUGGACGCCGUCACGCAGAGCCUUUUGUCAUCUAUGAGGAGUCAAACCAACCCAAGGAAAAAAUCUCCUGCAUGGAACCAUUUCUGCAUAUCGCCACGAGACAGUACCAAAGCAAUCUGUUUAUACUGCAUGAAAGAGUUCAGUCGGGGUAAGAACGAAAAAGACCUCAGUACAAGUUGUUUGAUGAGGCAUGUACGAAGGGCUCACCCCACUGUGCUUUUACAAGAUGGAGCAGACGUUCCCACAAAUCUGACUGGCUCCUUUGCCUCAUCUUUGAUACCUCCCUCCCCAAGCUCACCAAAAAACGGAGACUUGUCAAAUAGCAUUAUUACUUCUGCCUCAAAGAACACUUCACCGUCCACCUCCUCAGCUGAGAAUUCAGACCCACCAUCCAAAGAAGUGUUACCCAAAGCCGAACCAAAACUGGAACUGUACGCCAACGCUGACGCUCUAUCCCUGUCCGGCAUACUCUCUUCCUCACAUUCCAAUGAAAAUAGCAUUGAAGACAUGUCAGACGGAGGGGCUGAGCGCCUUCCGGGGACUCCAAAAAGCUCCAGUUCCCGCCGCAGGUCAGCUGUAUGGAAACAUUUCUAUCUGUCCCCUGCUGACAAUUCCAAAGCAGUAUGUAUCCAUUGCAUGAAUGAGUUCAGUCGGGGUAAAAAUGGCAAGGAUUUGGGGACAAGCUGUCUUAUUCGUCAUAUGUGGAGGGCCCACAAGGAGGUGGUGAUUGAGGAGAAUGGACAGGGCAAUCACAUCCCUCCUCCCUACACUAACCCACCGUCAUUGUUGUCACGCACACAACUACAAGAUCCACUGGAAAUCAAAAAGGAAUCCCCUCUGCUUCCAUCCUCGCCAGAAACCAUAUCAGAUGAACUACCCCAAAGCUUAGAGGAAACCAUGGAUAUUAAAGAGGAGCAUGAUGACUUGUUGAGUCUCGCAGGGCCAGAGUCCUCUCUCAGCCUGUCCUUCAAAGCCCUGGGGGAGGACGCCCAUAUGGAUUCCUCACCAUGUGACCUCUCUGAAGGCCCCAGCCCUAGUCAAGAUCAUUUAGUUUUCCAGCAAAACAAGAAGAUCAUGAAACGGGUGAAGUCUGAAGUGUGGCACCACUUUAUGGUGUCACCGGUCGACCAGAUAAAAGCACUGUGCCGCUACUGUCCAUGUGUCAUAAGUCGGGGGAAGCGAGGUGACUUUGGUACAAGCUGCCUGAUGAGGCAUCUCAUGAGGCGUCACCCAGAUGUUCUUAAGAACCAAAAAAGCACAGACGACAAGGAAUCCUCCCCACUUCCCUACGCAAGUCUGAUGACAACAGCAGACACAGUUUCAACCAAAGAAACUGAAAGCCCCAUCAUGGAGAAGAAACCGCAAACCCUGCCUGUUUUCAGUAAAAAGACGUCAAAACUGUGGAACCAUUUCUCCAUUUCACCCGCUGAUCCUACUAAGGUGGUUUGUUUGCACUGUAGCCGCACAAUUAGCAGAGGCAAAAAGACUACGAACCUCGGCACGAGCUGCCUGUUCAGGCACAUGCAGAGGUUUCAUGGACACGUUCUUGAAAGUAACAAUACAAUCUCAGGUGAUGUGCCGUCUGCUGAAAUUCAUGUCAAAGAAGAGAACAGGGAUACGUCCGUUUAUGAGGCGGUACAGACUCCCGAGAGAUUUGAUGAGAACCACCCGGUUGCCAAAAAAAUCACCAAACUUAUCGCAGAAAUGCUCGCACUGGAUCUUCAGCCAUCAGCUAUGGUGGAGAAUGCUGGGCUGAACAGGCUGCUAGAGUUCCUCCAGCCUCAGUAUUCUCUACCACCUUCUUCUUACUUUACCAGCACUGCCAUACCCGAUAUGUACGAAAGGGUUAAGGAGGUCGUGCUGACACACCUGAAAGAGGCUGAAGGUGGCGUGGUUCACUUCACAACAAGUAUUUGGGUCAGUAGCCAGACAAGAGAAUACCUGACCCUCACUGCCCACUGGGCAACGUACGAGUCAAGUGUCAGACCUCAAGGUCAAGAUUUUCACUGUUCCGCUCUCCUAAGUGUCUCACAAAUAGACUGUGAUCAGGAUAUGCAAAAUAUCCCAAAGCAGCUUGAGUAUCUGUGGGAUUCUUGGAUCACCUCAUCAGGGCUGAAAAAAGGGUUCACUGUCACAGAUAACAACACAAUUCGAAACACUUUGGAAGACCAUGGCCACGUCACCAUGCAGUGUUUCGGACACACAAUAGACCUCAUUGUUAGCGAAGCCAUAAAAAGCCAGAGAAUGGUUCAGAACCUUCUGAGUAUCGCACGGAAAAUCUGCGAACGUGUGCAGCGCUCGGCAAAGGCCAAGGAGAAGUUAGUUGAGCUUCAGAGAGCCCAUCAGUUGCCAGAGAACCAGUUGAUCCAGGACAUCCCCUCCAAGUGGAGGACCUCCUUCUUCAUGCUGGAGCGGCUGGUUGAGCAGCAGAAAGCCAUUGACGAGAUGUCGAUAGAGUGCAAUUUCAGGGAAAUGAUCAGCUGCGACCAGUGGGAGGUGAUGCUGUCCGUCUGCAAUGCACUGAAACCUUUCGAAGUCGCCUGCAGGGAGAUGAGCAACCGCACUGCCACUCUGGGACAAGUGAUUCCACUCAUUCACAUCCUCAAUCGCAAGAUAGACCUGCUCUUCGAUGAGACCGUGGGCAUCGACACCAUGCUCAAGUCACUGAAGGAAGCCAUGGUGAGCAGGAUGUCUGCGACUCUCCACGACCAGCGAUACGCCUGGGCAACCAUGCUGGACCCACGUUACAAAACGUCACUGUUCACGGAGGAAGAAGCGGAGCGAUGUAAACUGAAUCUGAUCCAAGAGCUGGAAUUGCCUACCUCAGCCGCAGCACAGCCCCUGCUGCCAAACGGCUGCAGCGAGGACUCCGAUUCACCCAACACUUCCCAUUCGAGCAAGGACAAUCUCUGGUCCUUGAUGGCUGACAUCAGGCAGAAGGUUCAACAAGAGGAGAAGCCAAAGUCCUCAGAGCUGGAAGUGCUGGAGUACCUUGAGGAAGAUAUUCUCGAUCAAAGCUGUGAUCCCCUCGACUAUUGGAACCUGAAAAAGUUCCUGUGGCCCGAUCUCGCCAAAGUAGCCGCCCGUUAUGUAGGUUGCCCGCCCAGCAUCAUCCCAGCAGAGACACUGUUCAGCACAGCGAGCGUUAACUGUGCCCUAAAUCAGCCCAGGCCUUUGCUGGACAACAUGGAGGGUCUGCUGUUCCUCAAGGUCAACCUCCCUUUGAUUUAUUUUCAGUACUGAUUCGUUGUCGUGGAGCAUUAACUUGAAAACCCUUAACAAAGGACCAAGUUGCAUAGCUGUGAAAAGGGGAGGGGAGUGUGUGCGUCUGUCAGGCAAAAUGUAAAUUAUCAAUUUAUACACUGAUCGAUUCUCAAUGCAAAGGCCAGAUUGACUUUUUAUUGUGUUCUGUGUACUACUGUUAAAACACUUUGAAGCUGUUGUGAUGAAAAGUCUCAGUCAGAAGUGUAUCAGGGAGGGAGGGUUUUUCUAGCUGUAGGGGUUGGUGAUAAUGUGUUUGCUUGUAAAUCGAUGUGUUUUGGGUUUUUUUUUUUUGGUUCCGUUUCCUGUCUACUCUCUCCUUGUGCCUUAUCCAAAACUACUUCAGGUCAAAACGCUGUACAUAUUGUUAAAUUGCGCAGAUCACGUCAGGAUGUUUUUCUUGUUUGAUAAUUUUUUGGAUUAAAGCUAGAUGAAUUUUCAGAAUGGAAACAUGGCCCAAAAAUAAAUGCUGUGACUGAAAACCAUUUUAAGUUAUGUUAUUUAAUUGUCAUUGUGAAUUUGUGGCUCAUGGUACUGUCAUUUAGAAAUAGAUCCAUUUUUUUUUUAACUUGCUGAAAUGUUUUAAUAAGAUCAUGUAUAAUAUUGCUGUAUUUUUUGGAAAAAGGGGUUUGUUUGGAAUACUCAAUUUGUCUUUUAAGCACAAUUUAAGUUUAUGUCCAGGGGAUUAAAUUAUGGGUUUAUUAUUGAGUAAAACUAUGUACUGUACAUUUUUAUAUCGAAUGACUUCUGAACCUAAUUUGAUAAAUGUUUUAGCAUUGAGACUGGAAACAUGCAAAUUUUUGUGGUCAUUUGUAAAUAAAGGGUUUUCCUUAUA